AUGAACAUGGAUGGUCUCAUUAAAAAUAUUUUCUCUCGCUAUUGUCUUAUUGGCUUAUUUAUUUUGGGAAUCGUUGGACUAAUAUUAAAUACAUUAAUAUUUACACGUAAGACUUUCCGUCAGAAUUCAUGUGUGCAUUAUUUUUUAGCAUCAACAAUAGCUAAUUAUUUUGUUGUCUUCUUUAUUCUACCAUCACGCAUAUUUUCCGAUGGUUAUGAUCUUGAUCCAGGUCAAUAUAAUUUAUUUUAUUGUAAAAUACGUUUCUAUACAUAUUUUACUGCUAAAUCUCUUUCAUCAUGGUUUAUUGUACUUGCUUGUUUUGAUCGAAAAAUGUCAAGUUCACUUAAUGUUCAUCGACGAGCAUUUGCACGUCCGUAUAUAUCACGUUGGAUGAUAUUCAUCACCACAUGCAUAGUACUGAUUUUUUACUGUCAUGUUCUUAUGUUCUAUGAAAUCGAUGACACAGAAGAAUGUAAUGGUCGUUUAGGCUUUUAUCGUUUAUUUAACGAUAGUUUUUAUUUGAUUGGCUAUAGUCUUCUACCGCCGUUAUUAAUGCUAAUUUUUGGUAUAUGGACAAUAGUUAGUACAAGACGACUUCGUCGCAUUGUUCCACGAGUUGGCCGACGUAUUACAUCUUUAAAUAAUCAUGAUAAUGCAUUGAUGUUAAUGCUUCUUGUGCAAGUUGGCCUCAUAUCAAUCACAGCUGUACCACACGCUGUACAGAAGUUAUACUCAACGCUCACACUUUAUGAUCGGAAAGAUGAGUAUGCGAAAACAGUUGAAAAUAUUUUUGUCAUAGUUGUUCGAACAAUAUCAUUUGUUAAUCAUUCGUGUGCAUUUUACAUAUUAACACUUAGUGGGAAAGUAUUUCGUCAAGAACUAUGCAAAAUAAUGAAAGAAAUUAUUUGUAAAACUAGACAUGAACCAAGACGUACAGAUUAUCAGUUGAGAACACAAGUACCGAUCGUUAAACUUGACGAAAAUGAUCGACAAUUACGAACGCAAAAUUACCAAUAUCGCAAUCUGUAA